UGUGUGCGCGCGCGCGCACGCGGUUCGUGUCUUGUCUGGAGCUGGACUUCCAGCGUGGUCUUCUUGGCGGUCGUUUAGGUGUUUCUGAGGUUUGUUUACCUAACUGGAAGCUCGGGGCGAGGUGGGCAGUUCGAUUGGCAGAACGCAAAGGGUACAGAGGCUCUGCUGAGGCCCAACGACUCCGCCCACAUGCCCCGAGCCAGGCCUAGGGAAGAAACCUCGGUGACCUGGUCCUUGCUUCUUCUGCAGACUAAUAGUGUGACCACGCACAGGAACCUGGCCCAGGUUCCUCUGACUUCAGAACCAGUUAUGGAGCUUGGCCUGGAUGUGUCCUUUGAGGAUGUGACCAUUCACUUCUCCCAGGAAGAGUGGGUGCUCCUUGAUAAGGCCCAGAGGCUCCUGUACUGCAGUGUGAUGCUGGAAAACUUGGCACUUGUGGCAUCUCUGGGUUCCUGUACUGGAAUGGGGGGUGAAGAUGUAACUUGUGAGCAUAAUGUGCCUGCAGAAGGGGUGGUGUGUAGCACAAGCCCGUCUCCCCAGGAGACUCAUCUCCUUGAGAUAUCUGUGCCAGCUUUGGAAGACGUUUUGCACCAGACUGAGUUCCUGAGCACACACCCUGUGCAGACACUGGGCUUGAGCAGAACAGGUUCCAAUUUGAAUGAAGACAAUAACCAGCAUUGGAAGAGUUACAAUGGAGAAAAGUCCUUCGAAGGGGAUCCUCACAGGGCUUCAGCUAUGUCAAGCUGCAGAGUCCAUGUGUUGACCAAGCCGUUCAUCUGUGGAAAGGAUGGGGAGGAGGCCAUCUCCUCCACAGGCUGUCUUCAGCAGCAGGGUGCUUGUCGUAGUGAAUGGCCUUACAGUAGAGGCAAGUGUGGGGAAACACUUUUGAACGGAGAGAAACAUUGUAAGGACAGUGAAUGCCAAAAAGCUUCAAGCUGCAAACACACACUUGUUCAAUGUCCAAGUGCCUCCUCUGAGAAAAGGCCACCUGAGUGUAGUAAGUAUGAGAAAGCCUUCUCAUGCAAUUACAGACAUGCUCAGCACCAGGACAGUUACUUGGGACAAAGGACAUAUGAGCACAGUCAGCAUGAGAAGUCCUUCAGCAAAAAGUGCCACCUCAAUACACAAGACAGACUUCGUCCUCAAGAAAGGCCCUAUAAAUGUACUGAAUGUGGAAAAGCCUUUAUCUAUAAAUCUGAACUCGUUUACCAUCAGAGACAUCACAGUGGCGGAGUACAUUAUGAGUGUGUGGAAUGUAGAAAAUCCUUCACAUACAAAUCCAACCUCACUGAACACCAGAGAAUCCACACUGGGGAAAGGCCUUAUCAAUGUGAACAAUGUGGAAAGUCCUUCAGACAAAACUCUAGCCUCUUUAGACACCACAGAAUUCAUACUGGAGAAAGGCCAUAUGAGUGCUAUGAAUGUGGGAAAUCCUUCAGACAGAUCUUUAAUCUCAUCAGACACAGGCGAGUCCACACUGGAGAAAUGCCUCACCAGUGUGGUGAUUGUGGGAAAGCCUUUAGCUGCAAAGCUGAACUCACACAGCACGAGCGAAUUCACAGUGGGGAAAAGCCUUAUGAGUGUAGUGAGUGUGGAAAAUACUUCAGGCAGUUCUCCAACCUCAUUCGACACCGGAGAGUGCACACUGGUGACAGGCCUUAUAAGUGCAGUGAAUGUGAGAAAUCCUUCAGUCGCAAAUUCAUCCUCAUCCAGCACCAAAGAGUUCACACUGGAGAAAGGCCUUACAAAUGUGGGGAAUGUGGCACAUCCUUCACCCGAAAGUCUGACCUCAUCCAGCACCAAAGAAUUCACACUGGCACAAGACCUUAUGUGUGUGAAGAGUGUGGGAAGUCAUUCAGGCAAUGCUCUAGCCUCAUCCAGCACCGGAGAGUUCAUACUGGAGAGAAGCCUUACGAGUGUAUCGAAUGUGGGAAAGCCUUUAGUCAGAGUGCUAGCCUCAUUCAACACCAGAGACUGCACACUGGAGAGAGACCUUAUGAGUGUAGUGAAUGUGGGAAGUCCUUUAGCCAGAGUGCUAGUCUGAUUCAACACCAGAGAAGCCACAGUGGAGAAAAGCCUUAUGAAUGUAGUGAAUGCGGCAAACCCUUUACCCACAAGUCUGACCUGAUUCAGCACCAAAGGGUUCACACUGGAGAAAGACCUUAUGAGUGUCAUGACUGUGAGAAAUCCUUUAGCCGUAGAUCGAAUCUUGUCAGACACCAGCGAGUUCACACCUAAGAAGGGCCUUUAUCAUGUAAGAAAUGUGCUGCUUAGGGUGUUCUUUCUCACAGCUAGGUGAGAAGUACAUAGGCAGAAAGUGCAUACAGAUUUAUGCCUGCCCCUGAUUGGACAAAGGUGGGCAGUGUGCAACCUUGUGGGUUUUUCCUUUAUAAGCAGCUGACUAACAUAAUUUGUGGCCAUUCUCUGGGAAUCCCAGGUAUGGACAUGGCCAGUGUCCAUCAUCCUAGCCAGUAAAUAAUAAAACUUUAUUCAAAUUUGGCUAAAAAAAAAACCCCAAAAACCAAAAAACCAAAACCAUGCUGUUUAAUAAGUUUAGAAACACUGGAGGAGACUCCCAGCCUUCUCUGAGUUCAGAGAUUAUUCCUCUGGGCUUCAGAAGUGGAGGUUAUUUCAGAUAUGUGGGGAAUUCUGAGGAGACUCAUUCCAGUUUUUAGAACGCCUACGGCCAUGUCCUGAUUUAUGUCAUUCACAGCAUCUGUGGUAGAAACCCUGUCACUCUUACCACCUGGCGCAUUAUGAGUCUGCUUAUCCCUGCUAAGUGCCUGGAGAUACACACCUCUCUACUCCGCUCCAGCCUUAGCCUUGGAGACCCCUCCUUUUCUUAGGGUAGCGAUCUUCUUUAGCAAGUGUGGUCCAAGUUGUGCUUUCAACUUUGCUGGGAAAGAUAAGCUUAUUCAGGACAGGUUUUGUUCUCACACUGUGCUCCUGGUGAAUAUUUCCAGGGUGGAACUCACUAACUUGUGAAAUGCUUGCCACACAUUACUUUGACCUAACAUUUGAAAAGGAAGUUUGUUUAUGCUCCUUUGAUCUUGAAGGUUCUGUUUAUUUUGUGGCAUGACUAAGCAGGUGACCUGUGAUGUCAGCAUGAAGGGCUGGACCAAUUCCAUAGAUAUCCCCACUUUUUGUUUUAGAAGGUAUGGUAUUGCUGCAGGAAGCAGCUGCGUGGAGUAUUGGCCUAAUUUUCAUGGCUGCCCCUACCCUCACAGGAAAGACUGUUGUGUUUUGUGUUCCUGACUUACUGAAGGUACUGUGACUUUUGGGAGGUAAGAAGUCUUCAUGAAGAGGAGUGUAAUGACAACCCUAGGUAUUCCUAUGCCACCUGAACAAUUCUAUUCACUUUUCCACUGGGAUGUCACAUAAUUCCUAGCAUUUUUGGAGGUAAUCUCUUCUGCAGGCUUUACACUGGAGGCACUUGCUAUGUGUUAAGUCAUGCAGAGGGUAGUGAUUGGGGCAGGAACUGAGUUAAUGGAAAUGAAAAUAAUUCUGCAUUUUUUUUAUUGUGCAUAUAUGUGGCUUGGUACACACGGAUUGUGAUACAUGUGUAGAAGUCAGAAGACAGCUUUUGAAGGUGAUUCUAUUCUACCAUGUGGGCUGCAGAGACUGAAAUUCAGGUAAUCAGGCUUUUGGCAAAUGCUUUUACAUGCUGAGCCAUCUCUCUGACCUGGAACAUGCUUCUGUUAAAACUUCACCCAUAGAUGUUCCAGUGAUUUUGUGGGAGUUGACAAAUUCUCAAGAUCUUUAUAGCUAUUUCCUAUGGCUGUGAGUUUCUGUCAGAGAAAAUAGUGAGAUGAUUUUGUGGAUUCCUCUAGUCCCCUGGCUCUGCCAUGGGCCAGAGUUGUACAGUUGGAAAAACAAGGGGAGGGAGAUGAUUCUGUGGGGUAGGGUGUACUUCUGACUUCUGAUUUGAGGGGCAGUAACUUGUAUUACUUACCAAGAUUGGCUGUUAGUAGAGCAAGGCUAUGACUCUCAGAUUCUGAGAAGAAAGGUGAUGGAAUCCAUAUCAGGUUGUGAAAAUUUUUGAGAACAGCAGGGCAUCUAGGUAUACUGUUUUAGGCUACUUUUAUGGCAUUAUUUAUGUAUCAUCUGGAUGAUUGAUACUUAAAGGGCAUAACAUGGCACUGUGGCAUAUGCUUGGAGUUCCAAUUUCUCGAAAGGCUAAGGAAUGAGGAGUCCAUGAGCCUAGGAGUUUGUGGCUCAGUGGAGGCAACAUAGCAUGACUCUAUCUCUAAAACAAAACCUCAGUUUGAUAACAUCUUGGAAGCAUUACAGCUGUGAAAACGAAUUUACCUGUCAUCUGUGUAUUUACAACAUGCCCCUUUAUUUACAUUUCCUCCCUCUCCUGGAAACCAGUGAUUUUGUUUUUAAUUUAAUCUUUAUUUUUUAGGUGUACAGGUGUUUUCUCUGCAUGCAUGUAUGUUUGCCUAGUGCCUGGGGAGGCCAGAAGAGGGAGUAGGAUAUCCUGGGACUGGAGUUACAGAUAGUUGUGGGCAACCAUGUAAGUACUGGGAACCCAGGUUUCCUGGAAGGACAUCUAGUGGUCUUAACUGCUGAGCCAUCUCUUCAGACCCUGCUUUUCUUAAACAACAGAUUAGUUUACAUCAUUUAGAAUUUUAAAUUAUUGCCAUCAAAGCAUGUAUGCUUUUAUGUAUGUAUGUAUGUUGUAUAAUUACUUCAAGAUUCAAUAAUGAUGUGCAUAUGAAAAGUUGUUACUGUUACUGAAUAGUGUUUUGUAUGGAUCAACUACUGUUUGUUUAUCCAUUAAUUUAUUUAGAAAAUUUUAUAUUGAGUUUUCAUGUGACAAAUAAAGCUGCUCUGGAUAUGUCAGUCUUUAUAUAGCUAUGCAUUUUAAGCACUUUGUGUUAAUAAUCUAAAUUGUAAUGCAGGAGUUAUAGAUGAGUAUUUUAAGAACAGUUUAGGAAAUGCCAGCUGGGAUGUGUUUGCUCCCUCUUGCAUUCCCACCAGCAGAAUGUGGAAGUGGCUGUUUCUCUCCAUCUUGGCGUGUACAUCAUUUAAGAUUUUACCCCACUUGGUGAGUCUGCUGUGACAUUUCACUAUGUAUUUCAUUGUAUUUCCUUAAGUAUUCUGAAAUAAAACAUUUUUCUUUUUCAUA